AUGGAACCGCUUGUGAUCCCAUUCUUCUAUGAGAGCUUUUCUCUCUACCGAUCACGAGGGUACAGUGUCGAGGACUGUGUCGAACUAGACAAGGAAGAAACCAUCGACGCCGUAGUCCAGUCUUUGCGCAAAAAUGGCUUCGAGGUUGUUCCAGUUGGUGAUAUAAAGGAGUUGAUACAUUGUAUUGCCAGAGGAGAGCAUGAGAGGUGGGAUCUGGCAUUUUCAAUCUCCGAGGGAAUGCAUGGAGUUGGGCGUGAGGCCCAGGUCCCGGGAGUACUGGAGGCAUACCAGAUCCCACAUGUGUUUUCCGAUGCCGCGACUUUGUCGUUGUGUUUGGAUAAGGGUAAGACAAAGAUGGUGCUCGAGCACAUGGGCAUCCCGACUGCUCCUUUCGCCGUCGUCCCCUCGUCAUGGUCCAUCGAAAAGGGAAUCUCCCAAAUCUUGGACCAAAGUCGCCAUGCCGAGACUCUGAAACAGAUGCCAUUAUUCAUCAAGCCAGCAUGUGAAGGAUCCUCGAAAGGGAUUUAUCCUUUCUCCAAAGUCGAGAGCAUCCAAGACCUCGAGCAGGGUGUUCAGAAGCUCCAGACACGGUUCCCAGGACAAAGCAUUUUGAUUGAGAAGUAUCUAGCUGGGCGAGAAUAUACUACCAGUAUCCUGGGGUCUGGGGACUCCGCUCGAGUCAUCGGCACGGUCCACCACAACUGGGAAGGAAUUCCACCUCAACAAGGGACGGAAGCAAAGAACUUUGAGAAUAACUCCUCCAAUGGAGACUUUUACAGCUUCGAUAACAAGAACGCUGUCCUAGAAGACCCAGUGGACCGCAUGAUUAACGGGGAUGAUAGCUCCGAGGUUCAGGGAGUAGAGCGUCUCGCGCUGGACACCUGGCGCAAACUCGAGUGCUGUGAUGUCGGCCGAGUUGAUGUUCGGUGCGGACUGGAGGGAAAGCCAUACGUCUUGGAGGUUAACCCAAUCCCUGGACUGCGUCCAAAAUGGUCUUGGCUGGCGGACACUGCGCUCCAUCACGGGAUGACGCAUGAGGACCUGUUGGGUGCAGUGGUUGACUGUGCGCUAGAAAGGUAUCCGGGAUUGAAUUCUAAAAGGCGUGGAAUCCCUUUGGGUGCCUAG